AAUGAAAUUAACUCUGUACAAAGAAAUAAUAAAUUGCCUACAAAAUAGAAAGCUACCCAUUACAAUUGAAUAUCUUAGAGAAUUAACCGAGAAGUUUGCCGGGACUAAAGAGGAAACACUUUAUAGUAUUGCCGAUCAACUAAAUCAGAGAAGAGCAAAGGCUACAUUGUGGAAACACUCAAGAGAAUCAAAUACCUUAUUCGAAACAAUCCUUAACUGCCUGCUUUGCACAUCGGUUGGAGAAGAAUAUGAGACAUUUUUAAAAAAGAAACUAAGAGAGAGUAAUAUCGCGUUUUUAGAUGAGAAUGUAUUACGAAAAGAUGGUUAUGAUAAAACUCCGGAUAUUAAGCUCGAAGUACCAAUUGGAGUAAAUGGUAAAGUGGUUAAUUGGAUCGAAAGCAAGGCGCUGUUUGCCGACGAAGAAUGCCAUAAAACUUAUCUUAAAGAGCAAUUGUGGAGUUAUUGGAAUAGAUUCGGCUCUGGCUUGGUCAUUUACUGGUUCGGCUAUAUUGAUGAUUUAAACUUUCAAGACGAGAAGGGCAUACAGAUCAUGGACGAAUUUCCUACUGAAUUUGUUCAGCCUUCUUAG